AUGUGGAUGAAAAGUAUGAUUUACAAGACAUGGGAGCGAUGCCGAUCACGACAGCGCUGCUGCAACACAACAUCAUUGGAUUCGGAAGAGUACAACAUUGACUGCAUGAAGAGCAAGUGCAGAAAAAAGAGGUCGCGUGAGGUAGCUCCGGAAGCUGGUUGUUUCUCAGUUUACGUGGGACCUCAAAAACAAAGAUUCGUGGUGAAGAUCAAGUUUGCUAAUCAUCCUCUGUUUGCGAUGCUGCUAGAGGAAGCUGAAUCGGAGUACGGAUACAAUAGCGAAGGCCCCAUCUUGCUUCCUUGUGCCGUUGAUUUAUUCUAUGAAGUGCUAGCUGAGAUGGAAGGCAGCAGCUCCUGCAAUGAUGAUAAUAAUAAUAUUAUUUCCAGCAGUACUUGUAGUACUUUCGGCUUGAUUGCUAAAGGUUAUGGUUCCUUGUUCCGACGGCGCAAGUCCCGCUCAUCAUGGUGCCUAUGUGCUUCUAGAUCUCCAUCCCAAAUUAAUUAA